AUGUACAAAGUCGUCAUCGGUGUCAACAAGAUCUCCUUUCUUUGCCUCUAUCUACGCAUCUUUAUCACAACCAUCUUCCGUCGAAUCUGUUACUGCGGCAUUAUCAUUGUCUCCGCCUGGACCCUUUCCUACCUCCUCAGCACGAUCUUCCAAUGCAAGCCCAUGGCAUAUUUCUGGGACAAGACCAUCAAACACCCAAAAUGCGCGAACAACGAAGCUUUGUGGAUGUCAUACUCGAUCAUCAACCUCAUUCUGGACUUGUCUGUCUUGGCACUGCCCAUCUAUCCUCUCAGCAAGCUGAAGCUCACGCGUGACAAGAGGAUCGGUCUUUUCGUUGUAUUUAGUAUGGGAACUUUUGUUUGCAUAACCACCGUCAUCCGCACUUCUACGCUAGUCCAAUCAGCCAGCGACAAGGACCCGACUAGUGGCCCUAUCCCCGCCACAAUCUGGAGUGUUGUCGAAGCUAAUACCGGAAUCAUCUGUACCUGUCUGCCUGUCUUCAAACACCCGCUUCAAUUUUUCUUCCCACGUCUAUUCACCUCCGAGCCAGGCACAUAUCUUUAUAGUGACAAUGCUCCACGACGUACCGAGCAUGCUUCUGGUUCCGAACGAAAUCUCACCGAAAAUCACGACACAAUAUGGCGGGAUGACGUAUCAAACGAUGGAGUUGAGAUGCAACCCCAAGAAGUGAAAAAAGCAGAGGCCAAGAAUGCAAUUAAGAAAGUGACGGACUUCAAGAUCUCUUAUCAAUAUAAUCAGGCAUCGGAAUCGUCAAAGCGCCCGAUUCGGACAAUGGACUUUUGA